UUUUAUUCUGUCCUAUCCUUAGUGACUUACAAGGUAUUGAAGAACCAUGGCAAUAGAGGUGAUGGAGCAGAAAAAAAUAAUGGUAUUGUCUGGAAUUUGAUCGGAGCUUUCAUGUCCGAUAUUUCCUUGCAAAACCUAUUGAAACGUCAUGCUUGGAAAUACAGAAUGCCAAAAAUAUGACCCUGCAUUCCAUCUACCCAACAUCAACCCAGAAAGUCCUUCAAAAGCUAUGGAUCCAUCACGAAAGCGUUCGUCCGCCGCGGAGCUACCAACACUUAUUGCGAAAGCAAAGAGAAAACGCCCCAAUGACAAUCAAAUCUCUUCAAAGAUUGAAGCUAUUGUUCCUGAAUCAAAGCUUUAUUCAGAGCUCUUGCAAUUUGAAAAAAAACUGGAUGCCACUAUUAUGAGGAAGCGUUUGGACCUGCAAGAAACCCUCAAUAAACCUGUUAAGAUCAAGCGCACACUUCGCAUUUUUAUAUCCAACCUCUCGCAUGAUCAAGACGCGUUAGAGUCGGAAGAUGAAGAACCACAGUUGGACAAAGGGCCAACACCUUCAUGGACCCUUAAAGUUGAAGGCCGACUAGUUGAUGAGGUCAAUGCUUCGGCGUACAAGAACCGCCAGACAAGCAGGAAAUUCUCAAGUUUUUUCAAGUCAGUAAUGAUUGAACUGGAUCGAGAUUCCAAUUUGUAUCCCAACGGUAAUUUUGUAGAGUGGCAUAAAUCACCAAAUCAGGCUGAUGUUGACGGUUUCGAAAUCAAGCGACAUGGUGAUGAGAACGUCAAAGUGAGGGUGAUUCUGCACCUUGAUAAUUCGCCUGAACGCUUCAAACUUAGCCCCGAAUUGGCAGAUGUCCUGGCAAUUGAUGUCGAGACACGGCCUGGUAUCAUGAUGGCAUUAUGGCAAUAUAUCAAGUUUCACCAACUGCAGGACCCCGAGGAUAAGAGGAAUAUCAACUGUGACCAUAAAUUAGCUGCUCUUUUCAACCAACCCAAAAUCUCUUUUCCAGCACUCCCAGAAUUGAUUGGACGUUUCCUCUCACCUCCAGAUCCAAUUGUACUGGAAUAUACCGUUCGUGUAGAUAAACCCUAUCACCUUUCUCCACACUGCUACGAUCUGGACGUGGAAGUUGACGACCCAUUGUUCAAAAGCAAGAUUUCAUCAUUACUUUCUUCAACAUCACCAAGCAAUUCAGCUACCGCCAUCAACAGUACGGUUUCCAAUACCGCAGCGGCAACCAUUACAAACUCUCUUCCAAAACAGAUUCAUACACAGGAUGAACAGAUAAUGCAAUAUAUCCAAAGUAUGCACAACUCUAAAACGAAGCGUGAUUUCUUGCUUCGAUUCGCAAACGACCCUGUAGAUUUUUUGGAUCGGUGGGUGGCCUCGCAGAGCAGGGAUCUCGAAGUCAUCCUAGGAGAGUCUCACGUGAACUUGGAAGAACAAAGACGCGCAGAAUUUUACAAUCAGCAGUGGGUUAAUGAGGCAGUAUUCCAUUAUAUGACUGCUAAAAACCAAAAGAAAUUGCAAGAACUUCUGAGCGGACAUCCACAGGUGGUACCUGCGCCAGGUCCAGCUCCUGGUCCCGGUAGCAAUCAGCAACCACUGUUGCAAGGAAUCGUACCGAGUGCACCAGGACACCCUUCACAGCAGCAGUUCCAACAGAGUAUGCCCCCUGGACACGCAGGCGGACGAUUUUAAAUCAAUCUAUUACUCGCAUGCUUUUCCACUAUUCUUUUUG